CUUCCUUUUCUUCGUUUUGAUUCAGUCUCAGAAAUGGCCGGAAACGAAGAAGUAGAGAAAGGAGUGUCGAAAACCCCAGAUUUCGUCUACAGAAUCAGCACAGCAGAGGAAUGGGAAGUAUUUCAGAAGGAGGGCAAAAUCUUCGGAGGAGAUCUCGACAAGAACUCCGGUUUCAUCCACCUCAGCAAUCUUGAUCAGGUAAUUGGUACUCUGCGGAACUUUUUCCAGGGAAGGGAGGACCUGUACCUGCUUCAAAUUGACACAAAGAAGCUUGGUGAGGGAUUAGUUUAUGAAGCUGUCGAUGGUUCCACUUACUUCCCUCAUUUCUAUGGUCCGUCUCGGAGUUUUAUCCCGCUCUCAUUGGAUGCUGUUGCCAAGUCAGAGAAAUUGGAAUUUGUAGGAGGUGAGUUCUCUUGUAGUUUGCUGAAAUAGGCAGUUUCAGUCAUGAAGUUGAUUCAAUCCCCAGCAAUUUCAGCGGAGUUGCAUGUAAAUGAAUGGAUUUGGAAACCUAAUCAUAUUGGGUUUAAGACUAUAAAUAUGCAUUAGAGUAUUCAUAAUCUAAUACCUGUUAUAAUCGUUGACCGAACCAAAUCAGCUUCCUUGCUUGAAAGCUAUGUUUGUUUUGAAUUUAAUAAAAGAUUUUCAUUUAGGGUG